CAAGGUUGUUUUUUAGUAUUUAAGGGAAGCAACUCUUAACAAUAAUGAAUGGUAAUUACCCGCUAAAUUUAGAGCUGCAUUGGAUAAGAUUGUACAAACUUCGUCAGUAAUAAUAACGCAAAUGUCUUUAGACGAGCAUAAAACGCCACGAAUUAGCGGAAAACUCCUUCCAAAUUACAUUGGGAAAUCUGUAUGUUUACUUGGGUCGGCCAAAUACGUGAGUAUGCUAUUACUAUUGAGCCUAGGCUAGUUAGUGUCACUAAAGUCUAAAAAAAGUAUAAUGUAGAGUAUAAGUAUAGUCUAGUAGAGACUAGUACUAGAAGUGACAGAAUCACUCGCCUUGCCGUUAUAAAUGCCGUAAUCAAAUUUAGAGACGCCCUAGUGCUAGGGACUGUAGGUGUCAAAAAGAGGGAGCCCUUCGCCAAAAUAUAACAAAAAAAUAAACUAAUUCCUUUGACUUUACAAAUAAAAAAGGCUAAAACCGAGGACAGCUGCCACGGCGUCUUUAGUGUCUUUAUUAUAGUUGCAGUGAAUUUGAAUUAGGGUUUAGGCUAGGUUUAGAGAUCGAUUUAGGUUUCAGGUUAGGCAUAGGGAUCGAUUUAUUGUUCAGGUAAGGCAUAGGGAUCGAUUUAGGGUUCAGGUUAGGCAUAGGGUGACAGGCCCGCCGGAUGAAUAUCUCUCCCACUAUUCAUCCGGUCGCCGGAUGUGUAGACACUGCCUUGCUUUUAUCGAAGCGAAACUGCAAUCUCCAAAUCAUUCUUCAAUCAUCAAUUGAUCCGAUCGAGAUUCACCGUUUUACUCAGCUAAAAAAUAAUACAGUUGUGAUGUGACUUUUUUUGUUUGUUAAAGCUUAUCUUAAUUAAAGGGAUAAAUCUAUUGGAAGUGGUGGGUACAAUGAUAUUAAUAAACAUAUUUUAACACCCCCCCCCCUCCAAAAAAAAUAAAAAAACAACAACAAAAAACAAACAAAAAAACCAACAACAUACAACUGCAGCUAAAAACAGUGAAUCUACGAUCACCAUGUCUAAUUUCUUUGCUAAGGAAUCAGACGACUCUAUUAUCAGAUCGGAGGUUUUGUUUACCACCUUUCUUAUUGGAGGAAAUGUUUUUCUAGCCAACGCCUCGUUUUAAUGCCAGGGUCAAAGUAAUGGAAAACUGAACUCUUAGCAGCCUGUGUACAUAUUUAAAUAACAUGGAUAUUCUGUUCAGUAUAUAAACAUUUCCAGUAAUGUUUUUCUCAUGUUCUGUGGUGUUCUAUGGCCUCUUCAAAGACAAUGGAGGUAAUUUUAUAUUUCUGUGUUUACUAAAAAGACGUGUGCAUUAGUAUGUAGUUCUUAAACCAAUGACACCCCCUGGCGCAGCGCCACCUACAGAUUUUAUUCCUUGGCAGGUUGGCAGGUCUGACUCGGGGUUUAAGGCUUGAGGCAAUAGAAACAAAUGUGUCUAGUGUUGUCGCCUCAACAGUUCCUUUUGAAAGAUUGUUCCAGUCCUUGAUUGUCUUGGGCAGGAAUGAGCAGCUCCUAUACUGGCUUCUUGCUGGUAUGAGCCUGAAUUGCCUGUCAUGGCCUCGUCGCUGUUUAUGGGGGAGAGGGACAAGUUUCUGUUUAAUACUGGAACAGUGGACCAGCCCAUUAUUUAUCUUGUACAUCAUGGAGAGCCUGGAUUGUCGUCGUCAUUCCUCCAAUGGUGACCAGUCUAGUGUUUCCAGCAUGCUGCCAACACUAGAGGUAUUCCUGUAGCGGUUUAGGACAAAGCGUGCUGGACCGACUCCAACCUGUCGAUGCCUUGCAAAAUAUAAGCAUGCAUUUUUAUUUUAGACUUAGACUAAGUUAGAAUACAUGUCUUACUUACUUGCACUUGCAGAAUUUUAUUAAUUUUUAUGGCCUAAAAUAAGUCCUAACAAAGUUUUGUGUGGGAUUCCUUUGUGAAAAGCUGUAUAAAAUAUUCUUCUGGGGCUGCUUUUAUACGUAUGCUUCUUGACAUAUUUCAAUGUCACAUAUUUUUAUUUUAAGCAUUUUUAUAGGGCUCGCUUGACUAGGUUCAUAACAAAAUUCAUAUAAAAUGACAAAACACUACAAACCAUCAACGGAAGCCGCCAUUGAAUGACGAGAUGAGGGAGAAAUGCAAAAAGCAAUCACGAGGCUUUUAUCAUUGGGCAGAUGGUUUGGCCAUUUGUCUUUCAAGAGUCUUUGACUCUGGGCUGAUAGUAGGCACCUCAAUACCCAUUGGCGCACGCGGUCUGCGCAUAUCCAAAACCGUAAAAAAAACUUGUUCUACAAUAUGGCGUACUGCUUCACGGUAUCUUUGGAAAAUUGCAUACUACAUCACCUUUGUUAAUGAAAAAAUUGCUUUCCUCAUCAGUGACGUAUCAGUCUUUGUUUUCUAUGAAAUUUACGCAACGAUUUAUCUUCUAUGUCGCGUACAGGAUUAUCAUAGCGAUUCGGUAAGCAUAUAUCUUAAUAUACUCCUUUGUUAGUUAAAAAAUAGAAAUGGAGUUUAAGUUAAUGGAAACUACGUUCAAUUUACAAGAUUAAAUAUUUCUAUGUUAUUAAAAAUGUCGCCAUGUUAAAAGUUAAUUAUUUUUCUAUCGAGAUGCCGGAAAUGGCUAUUAUCACUGUCAAUUAUGAAUUUAAUUUAAUCAUUAUUGUUGAAUCCCUUAACAUCUGAAUAAUACUAAAUAGUUUCAAAUUAAUAAUUUUACAAAAUUAAAUAAAACAUUUUAACUGAACUUGAAAAGUUUUUAGAUGGGAAUCAGAGGGUUGUCAUUAGUUUACUGUAGGUUUAUUACAAAUUAUGUUAAAAAAUUGUGUAUAGGUCUACCAAUUUUAUCGGUUCUCUUUUUAGAAUCAAUAAUUGAUUGUAAUGUUGAUUGUAAUGUCAUUCAAUAUUAAUGCUUAAUCCAAUGGGAUUAUGUCACUAAAAUGAGUCCUACUUAUAAGUUAUAACAAUAAAAAUUGUUAUUAUUAUAGUCCAUUUAGGCAUCAGAUCAUACGCCUAAUUACUAAUCUUCUUACAAGCCUAAUUAAAAGCUGCAUUUUAAAAAUUUAAUAAGGUAUUUAAUUAUAUAUAUUAAUGAAUUGUUAAUUUAAUAUUAUAUUUUAAUACUGUGUGUUUUUACAUAUAUAGUAAGAAGGUUUACAUAGACAGACAAAUAUUUAAUAUAUAAAAAAAUAAAAUAAAAAAAAAAAUAAUAAGCUCAAAAAUUGAAUAUUAAAAAGAAAUUAGAUAGUGUGUACAUUCAGGAUUAUAAUUACAUUUCUAAUUAAGUGUUAUGGCUAUGCUUCUUUCAGGUAAAGGGUACGUAAGAAAAUUAAAAUUUUCUAUUGAAAUUUUCUAUUAAAGAACUUUCUGGAAUUCCGUCCAUCAACUAUGAGGCACGUUUGGAUGCAUAUGGCAAAGAUAAUGUUGGGACGGAGAUAACGUGGGAUUCAUCACAAGAUCAAGCAGUCUACAUCGAAAAUGACAGGCAGAACAUCCCCAUUACCUUUUAAAAUUUAAUCUCAUACCUGUACUGGUAUGCUCGUAUUAGUCUUGUCUUAUGAGUGAUUUUAGUCAUUUUUAUAAGUUCAUGCAUUCAAUUUUAAAUUUAAAAAAAGACUUCUACUUAACUUUUAUAAUUAUAAGAAUGUAUUUUAAAUAUAACUGAAUCAUAUAUUUAAUUAAAAUACAAUGAACAUUAUUUUUUUGUUUUUGCCUUUACAGAUAAUAAUUUUUCCAAUUUUGCUGUUCAUGAUUUUAACAUACCCGCAAAGAGAAUUAUGCAUAAUAAAAAGUCUUGAAGUAAUGUAAAAUUGUUGUUGUUCUUUGUGUUGUAUAUUAGAUUGGGAAUGUCUCCUGAAAAUUUUGUGCAAUUAUCUUUAAAAUAAAAACGUUGUGGGCAAAAUAGUGCAGAAAUUUGAAAUUUGGGUUACAUGUUUAUAGGGCUUGUCAUUUAAUGGUGGAAAUCUAUUAAUAGAAUUGAUGUCACCAUUACUGAUCAUCCAGGUACUUAGCUUGGACAAAAUGUCAACACUGUUCAGUAUUACUAUGUUAGCGAAGUGUCCCUGUAACUUGUUUACAACUCUAUUUUACGAAAUAUUUUACAAAUUUUUUUUUUUUACUUCUGUUUUCUCAAAUGCGACUUCAUUGCGUGAACGUCAUAUGUAACAGUAACUCUUAGAUACAAGGAUCGCCCGAACGAUAUGCUGAAACACACUAUAAACUGCCAUGUUUUAAGCAAUAUUUGUCCGCGGACCUUCUAAAAAUAGUACGCUAUGACGUUUUCCGGUCUUAGAAAUGACAAAGCCUAUUGGGGUAAAAUAUAUAGAUUAUAUAAAAAAAAGGGGCAUAAAAAUCCCAAAUUAAAAUCAUAACUCCACUUCUAUAAAGGAUAGAAAGAUGAAAUUGGUGUUUUUAUAAAGCAUAAAACUAGCCCUUUAAAAUAAAAUGGUGUAUCAUUUGUGGCAAUCUGACAAUAUUUAAAAUUUGUGUCUAAGUACCUACUGAUAGAUGAAGAGGGUUAAAAAUAAAAUUUGCUAUAAAUUAUAAUAUAGCCUAAGUAAAAGUAGCUCUAAGUCUAAGACUUAUUGCUUAGUGGACCAAGACAGUAAUCUUGUAUUCUUGGGCAAUAAAUAUAAAAUGAAUUACCCUUAUUUGCAUAAUAUAUGCAUGCAUGUCUAGUGGACAUAAUUAAGCAAUUUAAAUUUAAAACCCCUAUUUACCUAAUGGAACUGUGUUAAAACAUUCCAAUAGUUGAUAGAGCAACUAUUUAUUGUUUUCCAAUUUGUUUUUCAUGUGUUUUUGUUGGUUUUUUAGGGUGAGGUGGACUGCACACUCUUUAAAAACAAUAACAACGUACACAGAUUACUAUUUUUUGUUGACUUUCUAUUUUACAUGUUGAUAGCCUUUAAUAUUCCUUAGGUUGACAGUAAUGGAAAGUUUUUUACUCUUACAACCUGUGACAAGCAAGAUGUUCAAAUUCUGAUGCAAGAACAGGUACAAUUUAUGCUCAGAAUAUAUCAUCCAACAUGACAUAAGUGUUCUUUUUGCAAUUACAGUUUAACAAUGAUGAAUGUAAAUAAAACUUCUGUUUACAAAAGGAAAGUAUUUGAAAAUGAAAGUAAGCUCUUUUUUCCCCCUUAGCCAAGUCAACUUAUUUCAGGACUAGUAGAGGUUCAUGGCGACAUCAGUUCCAAGAACACAGUUCAAUGUAACAACAUUGUUGUGUUUCCUGAUAAUGCAUCUGAUAACUUUGGUAAGUUUAAUUGCUACAUUGAAAAAUUAUUGCAACAAUUUUUCAAAAUAACAUGAUUUUUAAAUAGAAUUAUAAUUUUUUUUUUUGGUAGUUUCUCAAAUUUUAUAAGGUCAUCUUUAUAUAGCGAGUGAACGAUUCAUUUCAUUGAAUAAUUUACUGAUAUAUUGAAACUUAUUAUUUCAGAAAUUAUUUAAUACAGGGUAUAAACUAUAUAUGUUUUUCGGCCACUUCCUCAGAUUUUUCUCUGUACCAAAAGGCUGUGGAGCUCAUUCAUUGUUGUCCCAAUCAUUAUGUGCAAGGAGGAAAUAUUGAAGACUGAAUUACCUUCAUGCUUAUUUUGUAGAGAUGAAAUUAAAUUAAUUAAUAAACUUUUUCUAUAAGAUUUAGUGUUUUAUUUAAAACAAUUUAUUUUUAGAAGUAGUACCCUUAAUUGUUUAAGGACAAUUUCGCUAUCUAAUGUUAUGUGGUCAGGGGUAGUAGAAUAUAGGGCGCCAUGUCACUUAGAUAUAUUUGCAAAAAGAAUAUGCUGGGUUCUG